UCUUCAGUUUACACGCCGCCCCUCUCUCCGGUCAGUGUUCCAGUAGCACCAAACCAAACAGAGCUUGGGCACGCAGCUGGACAAACAGACGCAAUGGGAGUGGAAAUUAAAGUUGAAUACUGUGGUGGAUGAGGAUACGAACCCCGCUAUCGGGAGCUCGCCCGGGUUGUCAAGGAUGAGUUUCCCGAUGCGGAUGUGUCAGGCUUCGUGGGAAGAAGAAGCAGCUUUGAGAUUGUAAUCAACGGGCAGCUGGUCUUCUCCAAGCUUGAGACUGGUGGUUUCCCAUAUGAGGAGGACGUUAUGAAUGCAAUCAAAAUGGCCCAAGAAGGAAAACCUGUGCCGAAGAUCACCAAAAGCCGGGCACCAUGCGUCAUAAUGUAAACCUCCCUGAUCUGCUUUAAUAGCAGCAGCAUCAAGACAGGCCCAUGCAAGUGUAAACAUCCAGUGUCACCUCUGGUUUACCUCGACACAAAACAGGCUGGGAUACAACGAUGUCUAACUGAGAUGCACUAUGACCACUUGCUGCUUUCUUUGAUGCAGAUCACCAAACUUCUCCAGCAUCGAUCUCUCCUCUCUGUUCUCAUAGUGGUGUUCCAGGCUGUUAAUGAUUACUGUAGCCUCAAAUGAAAAGGUUGUGGUAUGAUGAAUUCAUUCCUGGAAUUACCUCCUUAUAGGUACAGAGACGCAGAGGAGAUGUUGGAGUAGAGGGAGCUUACUUUUACGUUCUUAUCACUUAAUUACCUGGAAUUCGCUAACUGCCUAAUUAUUGUUUUUGCCUUCUGCUCUUUAUCUUGUGCAGUUACCAGCUUCUAGUGAAUGCUAGGACAGAACAACGUAGUUGCAUAAAGGAAGCCUCUUUAUUAUUCUAUGCUGAGUAUUUGAUUACUAUGGGAAUUUUUCCUGAGAGUUCAUAACUGCUUUAAACACUUUACUAGUCAUCAGUAGUGCUUCUGAAGAACACCACUCAGUGGUCUGUCACUUGUCAAAACGACUUUAAAUAAAGGUGUAAAUGAUUUAAGGUA